CAGCUGAGGGUGUGAACUGUGAAACUCUGUCCAUGAAUAGUAACAGUAUAUCAGUGUAGCUGACAUGCUCCCUCUGGCUUAUCUCCAACACACAGAGCCAAAGACCAUGUUCAACAAGGAACCCCUGCUACUGGUCCUCCAAGCCUGACGACUCCACAGGACUCAGGAGCCCCCUGCUACUGGUCCUCCAAGCCUGACGACUCCACAGGACUCAGGAGCCCCCUGCUACUGGUCCUCCAAGCCUGACGACUCCACAGGACUCAGGAUCCCCCUGCUACUGGUCCUCCAAGCCUGACGACUCCACAGGACUCAGGAUCCCCCUGCUACUGGUCCUCCAAGCCUGACGACUCCACAGGACUCAGGAGCCCCCUGCUACUGGUCCUCCAAGCCUGACGACUCCACAAGACUCAGGAGCCCCCUGCUACUGGCCCUCCAAGCCUGACGACUCCACAGGACUCAGAAGAAGCUAGAGCUUGACCCCAUUGGAGUGCCACAAUGGGGAAUGUGAUGAGGGGUGGGGAAAAUAGCAACGAAACAAAUACAAACUGCCAUGACAGCGCACUAAAGGGAGAAGACGACACACUUGUCGUUCUCCAUGACUAUCCUUUUCCAGACAUCAGUGAGCCGAUCUUCAGGAUGGGAGAGAAGCUGAGGGUCUUGUCUCAGGAAGGUAACUGGUGGAGAGUCCGGUCUGGCCAAUCAGGAAGGGAGAACUACAUCCCUAAUAACUAUGUUGCCAAAGUCUACCAUGGAUGGUUGUUUGAGGGAGUGGCGAGGCAGAAGGCGGAGGAACUACUUCGCCUCCCUGUAAACAGAGUGGGAUCCUUCAUGAUCAGAGAGAGCACACAGCAGAGAGGUGUCUACUCCAUGUCUGUAAAGCACAGAUCCAUCAAGCACUAUAAAAUCUAUCGCUUGGAGAACAACGGCUGGUACUAUAUCUCUCCUCGCCUGACCUUCCAGUGCCUGGAAGAGAUGGUCAACCACUACUGUGACUCUGCAGAUGGGCUGUGCUGUGUUCUCACUGGCCCGUGUCUGUGUGGGACCGCCAGCCUCCUCGACACCACCACUCAGCCACCCCCUGUAGUGAUGCGCCGCAAUAACUUUGACUGGAAGAAAGUAGACAGGAAAGAUCUGAUCAGUGCAGGGGCUCCCCAGGGGCAGCAGAACAGGGACACCAUGGUGAGCUAUGGAGUCAGGAACAGCAUCGCCUCUUACCUCUCUCUUGCCGGGGCUCAGGGCCCUAGACAGCAGCAGAAGAACCACAAGAAGAAUAAAUCUGUCUACGUCACCUCCCACAGUCUCAGCCAUAUGGACCUGGAGGAGGACUAUGAUACGUAGUGGCCUGCAUAGGCCAGUGGUUCUCAAACCUCUCUUUGGGGACCCCCAGACGUCCAUGUAUUUGAUCUAUUUCAGAGCUAGCACAUUUGAUUCAACUUGUCAACUAAUCAACAUGUACUUGACUAGGUGAAUCACGUCAGCUAGUAAGGGCUAUAACAAAAUUGUGAAACGUCUAGGGGUCCCCGAGGAGAGGUUUGAGAAGAACUGGCCUAGGCUACCAGAUUCGGCAUGGGUUCGAAUCCAACCCACUGCCUUUCUGACUUGCUAUCUUUGUUGUCGCAUCUUCACUGUCCUAUCUCAAUAACAGAAAUGAAGCCCACAGAAAAUACGUUUUAAAAAAGACUAUGAGACUAAGAGGAGCAACGGCUCAAGGAUCCAGACUUUGACACAGAAAUUAGCACUUUGAACCAUGGAACUAGAUAAACUAACAUUUUUUCUUCUGAUCUCGACACCCAGAACCAAAUCUUGCGCGGUGGCCAGAGUCCCUAUUUAAAUGUUAACCUCUAUUACGAGAUACUAUAUUUUCCUCCAAUACACACACUGCUCCUUAUCUGAGCCUUUGGGAUUGAACUGAUAAGGAAUUGGAAGCUCAGUGGGAUAAAUCAACAUUGAAGUUGAAGUCCGUCCAGAGUCCAGAGCACUGACCGAGUGUCCUGCAAAAAUACAACACGUUAGCAUCAUGACAGUCGAUAAAAUAGUUGAAUGCUGUGUUGUGGGUGUUUGUGUGAAUGUGUAAUAUUCUGGGGAAAGAAACAUGGAAAGAAAGGGGAAUACCUAGACAGUUGCACAACUGAAUGCAUUCAACUGAAAAUGUGUCUUCCACAUUUAACCCAACCCCUCUGAAUCAGAAAGGUGCGGGGGGCUGACUUAAUCGACGCCCGGGGAGCAAUUGUUGUUAUUGUGGAUGUGUGUAAAUGUCAAUGGUUACCAGCUUCAGAAGCUUUAGCCUGACCCCUUGCAAAGUGAUUUCUGUUGAGUACAUGUUCAUAUAAAUAAAAGUAAGGUAUUGUAUAAUCUCGGCAAACCAGAACCAAAUAUUGUGUGUGAUCUGGCCAGCUCUUCUGUCACGACUCACGAGAGACUAGUGAGUACAUACUGUUUCAAAUAGUUCCUGGAAGGGCUAUGGAGAGUUACGUCCAAAGAGCUAGAACUGCAUGCAGAUGAUAAAACAUCACAAAGAUGACUGCCCAGAACAAGUUGUCCUCUUGAAAGUAACCCAGGGCUUCAAGCCUGCACCAAAUUGAAUAGGAAUCAACAUAGCAUUCCCGAAUCCAAGCAAACAUCCAGGAAAACAGCACAGUGAAAAGGUUCUGAUUUACCUCAGUUUGAGUCUCAGUGUAUUGUCUAAGUGUGUUGUUGUUGCGGCUGAUUGUCUCGCCAAGGCCUCAUGGUGGCCAUAUGUGACGCUGAUUAGUUCAUUAGUUCAUUAUUUGGGGCGGCAGUGUAGCCUAGUGGUUAGAGCAUUGGCCUAGUAACCGAAAGGUUGCAAGUUAAAAUCCCAGAGCUGACAAGGUACAAAAUCUGUCGUUCUGCCCUUGAACAGGCAGUUAACCCACUGUUCCUAGGCUGUCAUUGAAAAUAAGAAUUGGUUCUUAACUGACUUGCCUAGUAAAAUAAAGGUUAAAAAAAAAAAAAAAAAAUUUUUUUUUUUUAAAUUGUUACUGUGAAAGCUGGUGUCUUAUCUUUGCAGGGAACCAUGUACAGUAGUCGUGUAGUAUUCUAAGGAGAAACCUUAUCCAUGCUGAUAAGAUUUCUAGAAGUGACUCUAAAGUUUAUACAGUGAACUUUGCCACCAUAACACCACAUAGGACAUUUUAUACGUUAUGAGGUAGUUAGGAGGAACCUUAUGACUGUCCAUUCUUCCACUUUCCUCAAGACAAUCACCAGUGAAAGCCAGAAAAGACCAAAGACGCAAGAGCAGUAUUACUUAUGAACUUGGCAGGCUGCAAAUGUUGUAUCUGGAACCCAUUGAAGCUACAAAGUCAGCAACAUGGCCAUGUAAUGAAUGAGAUUUUGUGAGAUUUCUCAGUCACCUGUAGGAACCCCUCACAGUGAGAGCUGACUCCUUGAUACAAACGCAGCACUUUCUCAUUAUUGAAUUCACGACGGGAUCAAGUAUUUGUUUUGUCUGCUUUUAAUGCCCCCAUUAAAUAUCUGCAAGGCCAACUAAAACAGCU